GGUCAAGAGAGAAUCUUCCGUCCCGAGAGAAAACGUAUAUCACUCAACUCCGCGAAAAGGUGCUUCCAAGCGGUUCGCCUAGUAAAAAAAUAUCGAUCGAUCGUUUGA